AUGCCGGCCGCGCGCGCGUUUCUGCGUUCAGUGGUGGCAUGCGAGCGCACGGGGCGCACAACGAGACGUUCUAGAAAGCCUUCCACGAGCGACGGGCCGAUCUCUCUCAGACGCGGAGCGACGACGACGUCGGCGAAAGCGAACAACCAGGAGCGAAAUGAGACAAAUAAUGCGUAUCAAACCACCUGGAUGUCUCAAAAGCGCCUGGGCGAGCUCAGGAAUCGAGCGGUAGAGGCGAUGAAGUUCAGUCCUUCGUGGCUGAAACAGAUAAAGAUGCCGAUCGGGACGUCUGCCGGAAGCGUGUUGCCCGUCGUCGGUAGCUUCGAGGAGCUUCUUCGAAUCGCGGAGAUCGCGCUGUUGAAUUCAAAACCCGUGGAUGAGAUCGAGGCGUUCUUUAAGGGGAAGGAGGAGGUGCGAGUGCUUGAGUUGAGCUCGUGUGAGCAGCGGGCGAUUGUCUCGACAGAUCAUAAACGGCGACUGCACACAGUUUCGCUUCGUGGGACGAAGAACCUUCGAAACGUGGCACAGAACAUGCGUAUGGGUACGAAUCCGAUCGGCGAUGCGGAUGAUUUAGCGGUGCCCAUGCACAGAGGAUAUCGCAACAUAGCCCGGCGGUGUCUCGAUGCCAUCGAGCCACUGCUUGUGGCAGGGUACGAGAUUCAGUUGACUGGGCAUUCUCUUGGUGGCGCCGCCGCCGUGGCGCUCGCACUGCUUAUCCACAAGAAAGGGAAAGCCAGGGUGAAGCGUGUCGUGACGUUCGGUGCGCCGAAGCUGGGCCCUAAAGAAACUGCAGAUGCGACGGAGGAGUUGGACAUCCUUCGAGUGGUGCAAAAGGAUGACAUCAUCCCACUGCUUCCGAUGUCUCGACCUUUCGUCCGUCGCCCUUACUGUCACCUGGGUGAAGGCAUUCUGAUCGAUAACGAUGACCCUGGUGUUUUUGCAGACUUGCCGCGCGAAUGGGGUGCGGCUGGAAUCUUGUGGCGUCAGCGAAUGUCCUUCACGGAUGUGGCGAACUCAGUUCCGCUUGCCUCUUUGGACGCAGACUCAGUGAAAGAGUUCGCGAGACCACUCUCCGCUGCGGCAAAGCGAGUGACGGAAAGGGCCAGGACGUCGUUUCUCGCCCGCUUUAGCAUGCCCACCGAGAUCGAGCUCGAGGCUGAGGUCAAAGACCUCAUAGCAGAUGCCAUGGAUUCCAAGGACUCGUUUCUCUCCAUUCAGGAGGAGUUCAACGCGAGCGCUUCGAUGGCAGACGAUUCCGCCGAUGUACGGGAGAGUAUCACCACGAGUAUCGGACCGACAAUUUUUGAGCGUCUAUGGGUGCUUCGUCAGUACUCCGCCGAUGAAAGGCUUGAGAGACUUAACUCGCACAGGAUGCACCGCUACGUUGCGGCGAUCCGGGCAUCGAUCGACAGUAGACCGAGACGAGUGCAGUUGGCGGACAUCUACGAAACAUCGGACGAGGACGAUACACGGAGACGUGGACCGCCGGAACGUCGCCCGUCGAUCCCUCAAUUAUCCCAAGCUAUUCUUUCCAUUCGGGGCCGAUAA